AUGUCGUCGUCGGAAGGAGCCCCGGAGUCAUGGAUCUCCUCGUUCUGCUCACUGAUGGGGCAUGAAUUCUUUGCCGAGGUGUCGGAAGAUUUUAUCGAAGACGACUUCAAUCUGACGGGGCUGCAAUCCCAGGUCCCCAUGUACAAGGAAGCUUUGGAAAUGAUCCUGGACGUGGAACCAGAGGACGACGAUGAAGAGGAAGAGGAGGAGGAGGAAGAGGAGGAGGAUGAAGAUGAUAUGCUGGGUGACGAAAAGCCCCUCGGUUAUCGGAGAGCGGGUGAUCGGAGGCAUGCUCGCGUCGCGAGUGACCUGAGUGUGAUUGAGAGCUCUGCCGAGCUGCUCUACGGCCUGAUCCACCAGCGAUACAUCACGUCACGACCGGGGAUCCAGCAGAUGUUCGAAAAGUACGAGAUGCAGCAUUUUGGCGUCUGCCCGCGCGUGAACUGCAAUGGUUGUAAGGUUUUACCCGUUGGACGGUCAGACACUCCCGGCCAAGAGACCGUGAAGCUCUUCUGCCCGAGCUGCCAGGACGUCUACACUCCGCCCAACAGCCGCUUCCAUUCCGUAGACGGUGCUUUCUUCGGAACAACUUUUGGAUGUCUGUUCUUCAUGACAUUUCCGGACCUCGAUAUCGGGCCUCGUCUCAACAACGUUCUAUCUCCGACCUCACCCCUCGUGGCCAACACGAACCAAUCUCGCUCGUCCUCUUUGAACUCUUCUGCAGUCGUGACUCGCGCAUCACCAGAGUUACCCCCCCCUAACCAGCCAACUGAGAUCAACGGAACCCGCACAGUCAACUUCUGCACAGGACUGGGUUCAGGCAAGAUCUACGAAUCUCGGAUCUACGGAUUUCGCGUGUCGGAACGCGCCCGGUCGGGUCCCCGGAUGAAAUGGCUGCGUAUGAAGCCAACAGACAUCUCGGAACUGGAUGAAGUGGUAAUCUUUCACGCCGUCCACGGAACAUCCGACACCCGGGCAGACAACGGUGGAGACACCGAUAUGAACACCCUCCCUGCGGGAUCCCAACAGUCGGCCGUUGGAAAACGGAAAAAGGCCCCGAUGCGGAGACGCCGACAAGUCGCUGCCAACCCGGAUCAGAUGAGCAUAAAUGGAGGGGAGGGUGGCUAG